CUGCUGCAAAGAAAAACUCAAACUGAAGUUGUGGCGACAACGAUCCAAGUCACAACGCGAUCCCAUAACCCAAACGCGACUCCAGCAUUGCACACGCGCUCCUCAUCAUCAUCUUCAAUUCAAUACAAUACCAAAGAAAUUAAGCCGCAUCAACCUUGUUGUUGUUGUGGUUGUUGUUGCUGCUGCUGCUUUUGUUGUCGUUGUUGUUGUUGCUGUGCGCAGGUAUAUAAAAGGAAAAGCCGACAGAUCGAAAGAUCCUCGACUUGUUGACACACGUACAAAGGGCACUUUGUCAACUCAGAAGUCUCUCAAAGCAUUGAUCAACUAGAUGACGCCAACUAGCAGAUCAGGACUUGCUCCAAAUGAUGAAUAGAUAUAUCUCAAGAUCGCCAUCAUUCAUCAGCUAAGGGAAAAUAGUUUGCACUUCUAAUGCAACUGCAGCAGUGAUCAGCCUUCUUAACCUUGGAAAACACCCACACCAUUUGCUCCUGACUUGAGUGCAAAGUUCUCAGUUUCUUUUCAAGUGUAGCGCGGUCAGAAAACGAAAGUGUUCUUAUUCAAAGCUGUGCUGGUGUCAGCAACACUUUCUCGGAUCUCGCGGAUCAUUGGCCGGCGACAGGUCGUCGCUAACGGACGUCAAAUCGUAAAUCGGCUUUGGCGAUGAGUGAUCAACUGUUGAGCUCCAACUCGGACGAUCCACCUGUACUGAUACCCACUACAGUCUCACUCUCCAGUACUUACACCGAUGCAGAGUCCGCGGAGCAACCCGUACUGCUUGAGCUAGGCGCCGCGCAGCCGACGACGAGUCUUAGCUACACUCUGCCACCAGAUGUUGGAGGAUUACUCACAUACAGUUCUCCACACGCACACAACCUUAGCUACGCGCAAAGUUUAUUGUCCAGCUAUGAGAAACAUUCUCAGCAGCAUCCUCACCAUAAUCUCAGCGUGAUCGGCAGUUCGGGCUACAGCAUAAGCAUACCACAGACCGUGUCCAUGUGGCAUGAAGGAAGAGGUGCACUUAUCGAACCGAAACGACCUGAUCUCGUCUCGGUGCCACCGCCCACAUAUAUGAGUUACAGUGGAGGCAAUGCUAUCGAACUGGACAUUGCCAAGGAACAGAAUCCCGCCUGGCGCGAAAAGGCCAUCCAGAUGGAGAAGGACUAUAGACGCACAGCCUGUGAUCGGGAACGCACCCGGAUGCGGGAUAUGAACAAGGCCUUCGAUCUCUUGCGCUCCAAGCUGCCCAUUUCCAAACCCAAUGGCAAGAAGUACUCCAAAAUCGAAAGUUUGCGCAUCGCGAUAAACUAUAUUAACCAUCUGCAGGCCAUGUUGCGGGAUAAUCAUACUCUGCCCGAAACGGAACUGGUCUCCUUCAGGUGCAGCAGUCGUUCCGUGCACUACGAUGGCCAAGGACAGAUUCACAAUCACUCCGGCAGCUACGACUAUGAGAAUAGUGCUUCGGCGGCGACAGCCUCACAAAAUGGCUGCAAUUGGAGCGGUGGCAGUAGCUGUUCACCGGGCUAUGAAGCCAACUCCAAAGAUCACUGGAAUACGUAGUUGUCACAGCUGAGAACAGUCAAAGAUGGAGUAAAUCGAAGAGAAUCUAAAUUGUUUUGAAUGUUUCGAAUAUCAAAAUUGUGGUUAGUGUAAAAAUACCCAAAAAUAUUUAAAUAUUAAUUAAAAAGGAAUAACUUUCAAGGUUUAUAAAGCCCGAUGAAAAAGGCGUGAAUUCAAUAUCAGAAUUAUAAACAUUAUUUGUACAGCUUCCAAGUGCAAUUUUAUAUUAAGUUUACAAAACUUUGUAUUUUAAAGACGUAAAUUAAAAUAAACAAAAUAA